AUGGCUAUCAUUUUUGACAAUACGUUUGGUAUAGGCAAAUACUACUUGGUUGAUUCCGCGUACCGAAACUUACCCGGUUUCUUACCACCCUAUAGAGGACGUCAAGCGGAUGUUAGUGGUCGUAGAAGGGGGAGAUUUGCCACGGCCAAGGAACUUUUUAAUUACAGACAUUCUAUGCUCCGCAAUGUCAUUGAGCGAACAUUUGGUGUUCUUAAAAGGAGAUUUGCUAUCUUGCGGGGCGUCAUACCCCACUACAUGAUGACUACUCAGAUAAACGUUGUUAUUGCCUGCUGUGCUGUGCAUAAUUUCAUUAGAGAUCAACAACUGAAUGACUAUUACUUCGCCAAUCCCGAUAUAGGAGAUCUAGACACAAAUGGUGCAAUUCCUCCCUAUCCGGAGAUACAGCCACUACAUUCCCCUCCCGAAGUGAUUAACCAAUGGAUCGGUAUGAGAGAUGCAAUGGCCAAUCAUAUGUUCAAUACCUAUAGAAAUACAUGCCAGCGUUAA